AUAAAGCAAUUAUUAGUCUCUUCUUCUUCUUCUUCUUCCCCUUUUAUACAUGUCGAUUUCAUUUCUUCAAAAACUGAGCAAAAGAGAAAAAGAUGUCUGAUUAUUUGCCUGCAGAAGUGAUCCUUGAAAUCCUUAAAAGGCUCCCAAUAAAGUCAUUGGUGAAAUGCAGGUCAGUUUGUAAGACCUGGAACAGUCUCAUUUGCAACCCGUCUUUCAUUUCAACCCAUUUACAAGCUUCACUUUCAGAACCCAACAACACUCCUUUCAUCCUCCUUAGGUGCUUUAAAAAGGGCAAAGAAAACUACUUUUUACAUUAUGAUAAUGAUGACUUUGAUGAGUUCAAGCAGCUUCAAUUCCCUGUUUUUGGGUGUUUGUCUUGUUCUGCAGUGGUUGGUUCUUGCCAUGGGUUAGUUUGUCUUACUUUUUUACCACAAGAUGUUUUGAAUUUCAUUUUUUGGAACCCUUCCAUUCAAAAAUACAUUACAUUGCCUCAACCAAAUAUUUGCUGCUAUACUGAUGAUGUACGUUUAAAUUUUGGGUUUGGGUUUGAUUCGAGAACCAAUGAUUAUAAGCUACUUAUAGUUGGGGUUGAAAAAGGUGAGACGUUGAUUGAACCCUAUUUGUUUUCACUUAAUGAAAAUUGUUGGAAAAGGGUUACUCCCGCUUCACCUAAGUAUGCUGUUGAAGCAGGGAUUUCAUCCACUUUUGUUAAUGGGGCACUCCAUUGGUUAGGGUAUCAGAGAGGGAAAAAUGGUGGAUUCAGUAAUGCAAUUUUGGGGUUUGAUUUAAGUAGUGAGGAGUUUCUUGAGAUAAGUUUGCCAGAAACUUUAGUUUGGUUGUGUCCUAUGGAUUUAUCAACUAUGAGAUAUGGGGAAUCUUCCAUUGCAGUGCUUAAAAGAGAUUGGGAAGAUGGUGAGUUGUUUGAAUUGUGGGUCAUGAAGGAGUAUGGUGUGGUUGAGUCAUGGACUAAGGUGUUAGCAUUACAUUUGAUUGACCAAAGUGGAUGGUUCCCAAGGGUAUUGGGAUUUAGGAAGAAUGGGGAAGUCUUAUUGCAAGUGGAUGAUGGAGAGAUGGCUUCACUUGAUUUGAACUGCCAACAGAUGGAGCCUCAUGGAGUUGAGGUUGGGGCGGAAUUGUUAUAUGUUGGUAGUUACGUGGAGAGCCUAGUGUUACUCGACAAAGCGGUUGAUGUCCGCAGUGUGAGUGAUGCAAUUCAUGCUAUAGAUUCAAGUGAUUCUGACGAAUCAAGUGAGGGAGAGUGUGAAAUCACAUAGGACUGGGGUAUUGGGAACGCAGCGGAUGUUCAAACCGUUGAAGCAUAAAUUUGCCUUUUCAUCAAGGAACAGGCAUUCAAUAUGGUCUUUUAUCAUAUGUCUGCACUGCACUGCAGUGCACUGCACUGCAUGUUUUGUUUUAGUUAGAAUAGACUCGUGGUUGUACUGAGUCAUCCCUAGGCAGUUUUGUGACAUCCAUUUGAAAUGGCACAAACGGUCUUGCUAAUCUUGAACAGCCUCUUUAAAUCAAUUUUAGCAUAUAAAUUAAAGAGGGAAUUCUGUAUUUGGUUGGUUUUCUUUUUGGGUAAAAAAGAGACGGUAUCUUGGAGAGAUUGUAAAUGUUGAUACCUUUUAAAGGUCAUUGCAUGGACCAUUGAGCUAAACCUUGGGUUGGGUUACUUUUUAUUGCAAUGCAAGGGAAACAUGUUGUAUCCAAAGAUAUUGCCUAAUAUAGCAAGCAGGGACUGAUAACUAGUAAUGAUGAAAGAUUGCCGUGUUUAUGA